GGGCCCAGCGGGGUUCGGCCGAUGCCGAACGUCGGAUACCCAUUGCUUGGCGCUCGACGGCUGUACAAGUUCAGGGACAGGCCGAGUCACGAGCAGAUCAUGACGCUAAGCAAAGGUUGCCUCGACGUCGAGACGGCGAGGGGACAGAAGCAGGAGCAAUGGCCAAGGUACGUUAUCGGGGACGACGGUCAUCGAACGGAACUGUCGGCGUUUGUGCGUGCAGCUCGAGCUGAUCUGGCUCCUAUGGCGGACGCCUCGCCCCCUUCCGGCACGAUUUGGGUGCUGAUGGAGCCAGCCGGCGGACGGGCCAUAGGGGGGGAAGUGCACAUGACACCGACGGACGUGAUUAUUGGCAGUGACGGGCUGAAGUUCAUGGGUUCGGAGGUGUCUCGAGUGCGUCGAGUGGGUGUCGGAAGUGCGCCCGCCUUGGCUAUCGAGCAGAUAGCGCGCCUGCGCCGAGCCAUAGACGUAUUGAAGCCUCAGGUCGACCGAUCGGUGGAAAAAGGAGUGAAGGACCAGCUCGGGCUGAACACUGGCGAGACCGUGGGCGAAACUGGCAGUGGAGAGGCGCGUAGAGCGACCAGCAGCGUAGACGACGUGCGAAACCUCAGCGUGGACUUCGACGGGCACGGGGAAAGGUUCAAGGAUUGGCGCAGUGUGGUGAGUGAGAUCACGGCCAUGUACAAGAGCGGCGGCGACCCGAUGCGCUGGCCGGCCGAAUGGAGCCGAGAGCACCGCAUCGAGCGCACGGAUCGGAUCUACCACGAGCUGGAGGUUCUCUGCCACGCGUUGCUGCUAGCAGGGGCCUGCGACCAGGUGAACUUGGGCGGCCUGCGGUCGCUGGAGAGGCUCGCGAGGCGAAUUCAGGUGACCGCUGACGCCCACUCUGUGCCUGGAGCUCCAGCCAACUGGCGGAUGGCCCGCUACCUCACAGGCGCGAUGGGCCCUGGAGACGUGGUGGCGCCUGAGCUGCGCAGCUUCGGUGCCAAGCGGGCCAAGGAGGACACCGAGUUCUUGAACGCUCGGGUUCGAGGCCUCACGGCGGCCGAGCGGCCCAAGUCAGAGAAAGGUGACGGCAAGGGCGACAAGAAGGGGCCGAAAGGGCCGACGAAG